UUUUUUUUUUUAAAAAUUAUUUACCAAAAUAAAACCAAGUAAAAUCAUAAAAAUCCGUUGACAGAGAGGAACAAACGAGACUUCAUAAGUCAUUCAAAACGCAAUUUCCCUUGAUGUAACGCAAUUUCCAAUAGUAAUUUAUCAUGCAAAUGGCGAUAUACACGCGUCCCAGCUUGUUUUCAAGUCUAAACAAUCGUGUUUCAUCGAUUCGCGAUAAACGUCUACGCGUUGCAAGAUGAAUGCAUCUGUUUUUAUCGAGAGAGGGUAUAGAGUGGCGAUGAAAACAAAUUGUUACACGCUUUUCCUCACGGGAAGAAAAUCUAUUGACAGUGGUGUAUCGUUUAUCUGUGUAUUCUCAACGAGGCGAGACAAGAAGAGAUGAGAGAGAGAGAGAGAGAAUGGAGAAAUUUUUGAGAUAAAUUGUGAUCGACUGCUGCCAUUCCCGUUUAUUCCCGCCUCAUUUUUUGCUCUUUCCUCUUCCAUUUUCUCUCUUUUUCUUUCUUUCUUUUUUUUCUUUUUUUUUUUUUUUUUCGUUUUUUCAUCGAAAACAGCGUUAUGGUAAACAUCGAGAGGAUGAGAAAGUUAAUUUCUCGUUUGCACGGGGAAAAAUGAAAUACAAAAUGGAACCGCUUCGAAGCCAACUAUUACAACUCGACGAAAAGAUGCUUUUCAUAAAUCAUUCUCAGCUCCGUGAAGGAUCAGAAUGAUAGGUCGUGCACAAAGAUCCUCGUGCGGAGUGGAAGUUUCGCACAAUGGCCGACGAAUGUCUAAAAAGCGGACUGUUAAUGGUCAAAGGAGCUCCGGUGGUCGGAAAGGGUUGGUCUCGAGGACGUUUUCAUCGGUCUGCCGGCGCAUAGGCACGCCAACAAAAGUCGAAAAGGGAAAUCUUACGGAUUGGGGUGCAAGUACCAGAAAUUUCGUCCACGAGUUUGAUCAACGACACGGAAAAUUCAAUUUCUGCGACGAUAGUCGAAUUUUAGAAAAUACGAGGCGACCUUACCUUCAUUUCGAGAAAUAAUGUUUCGUUAAUUUCGUUAAAACGUUUGUUGCAUAACCUUUGGUGUAGUAACCAUUUGGUGUAGUUGACAGAGAGAUGAAACUCGAGCAAACAAAG